UUGUUGCUAGAAAGAGAAGGGUGCGAUAGCCUUAUUUCCAUUUCAUAAUAAUUUUUUUUUUUAUAAAAAUCAAGACGAAACGCAGUUGCGCUUUGUGUAAGUAGGCUGCUGCGGUUUUGAAGUGAAAUUUUCGUCCAAAAAUAGUAGGACGAUAAAUAAUUUUACGGAAAAAUGGAUUCCGGCACCGAGUUCCGCUCGCUGGACGAUGCAUUGAAGAACCUGGAACCGAUGGUGAAUCCCGUCCGACAGUAUCGUAAUCGGAAGCAACAACAACAGAAGAAGAAGAAGUGGAAGGAAAAUUACAAUGGCGGAGCUACAGAGGAACAAGUAGAUCACGGAGGGGACACAAAACUGGCCGAUGUCCUGAGCAAGAUAACCAGUGUGAGUAGCAGCGAAAAGGUCGACCGAACCAAGCUGAUCCGGACUUACAACGUAAAACUGCGCCUCAAGAAACCCUGCCUGUACAAAUGCUUCGAUUGUGACGUUUGUUUCACGAAUGCCGACUUUUUGGAACUGCACGAAAAGUCCCACGGCGGAAUUACGGCGGACACGUCUUCCGGUGGAUCGUCCCGGAACGAAAUCGAUCUGCAGCAGGAGCAAUCGUUGGACGAGUCGGAAAUGAUCGUAAAACAGAACGCUUGGUUCGUCGGGGAAGAUUUUGACGAAAGCGAUGAACAAAAUGGCGAUGAUGAUGAGGAGGAGGAAGGAACGAUCCAAUUGGAUUGCACCGUUGAGGAACGGGAGGACAACUUCGACAUCACGUUCGAUCGGACCAAGUGCGAGAAAACCUACACGGUCGUGAAGUACAAGGUCCGGAAGGAUCCGGUCGGGAAAUGCGAACUGUGCGAGCGGUUGUUCUACACGGUGGAAACGCUCCAGCAGCAUCGGUUGGAACACGAACGGUUCCUGAACUUUGAGGCCAUCGAGCCACAGAUUGACAUCGACUCGCCGAGCAUCGAAGAAAGCACGCUGGUGCUGGACGAGAGCUUCUAUCGAGCCGAAACGGAGGACAGUGAUAUAAUGGAGACGAGUGACAGUGCUCUGGAGGUCGCUGGCAGGGUGGAAUCAAUCCGACAAGGUGGAUUGCGUAACGGUGAGUGGAAACCGGCGACUCGUCGAGGCUCACCACCAUAUCGGAUUCCUCCCCGGGAAGAAGUAGCAACCAUCGAAGGGCGGUUCCAGUGUGAAAUCUGUUCGAGGCGCUUUCGUUUCCGUCCGGCUUACAACGUGCACCUGCGAACCCACAGCAACAGCCGGCCGUUUCAGUGUGUCGAGUGCAACCGGAGGUUUAUUUCCAGGACGAAACUGUUUCUGCAUUCGUACGGACACAGCCGGAUCCGAAGGGCAGCGUUGCGGUGCGAUGCCUGCGGGGCCACGUUUGGUCGACCGCGUCAAUUGUUGGAACAUCUGCAGCAGAGACACGAGAUGCCAGUUUAGAAAUCAGGGGGUGAGUCAUUUUUAGCCGUUGUUAGUUUAAUUUAAAUCCGAUAUCAAGAGUAUUGUAAGCUUAGGGAAAGGCUCUUUAAAAGAGCUGAUUUUUUUUAGUUUUAGUAGAGAAACACAGCAAUUUAGGAGAAGGUGUACACAAUACACCAAAGUCCCGUGGAUUGAAUGUUGAUUGCAUUGCGCUUACUCUUAUCCACUGUUAGUGGAAUUUCUGAUUGUAAAUCAUAGCAUCUUAGAUGAUCGCUUGUUGUUAAAACAAAACUACAAAACUGCCAGUCGAUAUACCCAGCUGUCCGAAUAUUAAACUUUAUGUAAGUAAGUAGUUACGAAAUUGAACUGGGUAGUAAUAACGAGCUGUGCUAUUCUGUUUUGUUUUUUAUGUUAUAUUUGCCUUCUAAAUAUGAACAUCAAACCCAUGUAUGAUAGUUAUUCUAAUUCUAAUCUACUGGUAGUAAACUGGAAUUGUAUUAAAUUAACGUUAAUCAAUGUGCCAUACGAAAAUAAUUCAAUCAUGAUGUGAUGAGAACGCGCAUUCGUUUUCCUUCAAUUCCACCAACUUCUGCUCCACUUAGAAUUUGGUCUAAUAAAAUUAGUGAAUUCUCCAGGAGAAGAAAAAACGUACACGUAAUAAAGCACAUCGUUUUGUAGGGGUCUACCCCGUUUGACAUAAUGCCAUUUGGCAUAAUGGUCGUUUGGCAUAAUCGUCAUUUGGCAUAAUAGCCGUUUGGCAUAAUUGUGAAAAACAUUGAAUUUGAUCAAAUUCCUUCCAUCAAGGGAGAGGGUGUGGAUAAACUGCUCGCGAUGGUACAUUCCGUAGUCAGUUAUUGAUAGGACAUACUUCAAAUCUUCAUUUUUCAAGGAAACCGAUAUUCAAUAAAGCCUUUUUUGAAAUUGCAACAUACAUGACUUCCGGGGUCAUUAUGUCCUGGAUAUUACAGCGCAUGUUCAACAAAAAUGUGUCCAACACCUAAGUUAUGUCAUGUUGUUUGAAAAAAGAAGGAACAUGAUAUUUUAUGAGGCAUCUUAUGGUCCCGGAUAUUACUGUACCACUGUAGAAUCUUCCUUUUCAAAUUAUGCCAAAUGACCAUUAUGCCAAACGACUAUUAUGCCAAACAACUGUUAUGCCAAACGACUUUAUGCCAAACGACUGUAUGCCAAACGGCAUUAUGCCAAAUGGCAUUAUGCCAUACGGGGUAGACCCGUUUUGUAGCACUUUUAUUGAGCAUUAAUAGAAAAAAAAAAUUUCAUCAGCUUUUCAGUUUAGCUUUCAAAUUUUUCGCUGAAUUCCAUCAACAAAUUGUCACACGGUGUAAAAAAAAACUAGUGAAGAACAAAUUACAAAAAAUGAACAGAUAACAACAGUUUGGUUUGACUGAAAUAAUUACGAUAUACUAUCUGAAGGGUCUGAAUGAUAGAGAUUUAUCGCACAUAAUGCAAUUUAUCUGUCGCCGCCAGUGGCUACUUUUGGUCUCCGGUUAGGGGGUGUUGGGAUGGGGAUAUUACUUUGCCGCGAAUGAUUACCUAUUGACAGCAGUCAUUUGUUGAGCAGCUUCAAUGCUGUUAAAGCGUUUAUUAAUAUUUACAAUCAUUUCAUUCAAUCUUAAAAUUACUUACAUUCUAGUGUACAAUUCACGAGUCUGCAAAGCAUCCACCUUCCAACUGACUUCUUUCCUCUUUCCAAACAACAAACAAUUAAAUUAUCUACCCUCUCAAGUCAGUGUUGCCAGUUUCACAGCACCAAUAAUUCUCCACAACAGUCUCCCUCCCGUGAAACUGGUAACCGGUCUGAACAGUGAUUGCUGUAUUCACAUGGAAUGGCGAUAAUCUGGAAACAACACAAUACUGGCGACCCGCAGUCAGCACUGUCGAACUGCCGUUCAUUGUUCUUUCUCCGUCCGAAUUGCUCAUAUAAUAUUAUAUAAUAUAACUUCAAACACCGUUAUCGCAAAUAACCUUUGUUUUUUCGACACUGCGUUUGUUUCUCUGCUGAUGUACCUUCCAAACUGUGAUUGCCUAGCCCGGUGAUUUCCUCUGAUCUCAAUAUGUUUGUAGGUAGGUAAAUUCCAUACACUGAUCCAAUCGUGUUGAUCAUUCUCGCCCUUGUUUUGCGCUUUUGCUGCUAUCAGUAGGUGUUUCGUCCGAACAAAGGUGUCUCCCCCAACAAACUUCAAUGAUUUUAGUGUGCAUAUCCGUAUUUUACAUGUGCAUAUCCGUAUUUUACAAAAGUUUUAACUCCCACCGACAGACACCACUUACUGAAAAUUCUUCACCUCCACGAUCUGCACAUUAUUGUUCAGUGUUGCCAGUUUCACAGAAAAAUCCACCACAACAGGCUCCAUUGUUAACUAAUCCAUAGGUGAUUAGAAUCAUUGAAGAUUGUUGGGAUGGGGAUAUUACUUUGCCGCGAAUGAUUACCUAUUGACAGCAGUCAUUUGUUGAGCAGCUUCAAUGCUGUUAAAGCGUUUAUUAAUAUUUACAAUCAUUUCAUUCAAUCUUAAAAUUACUUACAUUCUAGUGUACAAUUCACGAGUCUGCAAAGCAUCCACCUUUCAACUGACUUCUUUCCUCUUUCCAAACAACAAACAAUUAAAUUAUCUACCCUCUCAAGUCAGUGUUGCCAGUUUCACAGCACCAAUAAUUCUCCACAACAGGGGGAUUUUGUUCGCCUUGGCUUUGGACUUUUUUUUUAAUCAGAAGCUACUUUGUUCUCCGGUUAGGGAGACUGUUUUCAAAAAUUCCUUAUCCGGUUUCGGAUUAGUGAGAACACUCUGGAAUGAUUUUUGAACUUAGUCUUUAUUUGCAGUUUGUACAGUAUGUAUCUUAAUCCUACAUGUUUCAUUUGUGAAGUGUAAUAUUGAGUUACAAAGUUGUUUCAAAUGGAAUUUUCCAUAUCCUUUUCGAGUCCUGGGAUUUACAAAUUGUGUCUUAAUUCUGCUAGGAAAAAGGCUGAGACUUAUUUGUCCCUACAUGGGUUAAUAUUUUUCUAUGUUUUACUCUUAUGUGCUAUGUCCCUUUCGAAUCUGGGAUUUUUCUUAUUUCUUGGUCUAUUUUUGUGGGGGACGGUCCAAAUCCAAAGGAAGCGAAGGAAUUCCUCUAAGUCGCAGAACGAGAUCUAGUUUCCUAGAUCCGUAAAAACUCUUUGACUAUUCUCCCAAACAGGGAGCGGAUUUGUAUCUCUCGUAAAAAGUAGGGAUUUCCUACCGGAGAGAGUCGACCACUUGUUUUGGAGUUCGGAUAUUUCAAAGGUAGUAAAAAAGUUCCUUGGAACUCGUACCUUUUUCAGUAGUGAUCAUGAACUGAAACU